ACAAGCCCUACUAGUGUAGAAGAUGAAAUACUACAGCGAAAUAUGCAACAAAUACUUGAUAAAAAACGUCGUAGAAGAGAAUCUCAUAAUGCGGUAGAAAGGAGGAGAAGAGAUAAUAUCAAUGAUCGAAUCAAUGAGUUAGCUACCCUUUUGCCUGAUCGAGAUGCUGCUAAGCUGAGCAAGGGAAGCAUCUUGCGAAACUCUGUGGACCAUAUCAAGCUACUCCAUGAUAACCUAAGGCAACAUCAAAGGCGUAUACAGGAAUUAGAGAAUAUGCUGGAUAUGUACCGCAUGACAUCACAGCAGCAAGAAUUAUCGCAUCCACCAAACUUGACUCGAUUG